AUGAUCUUGGCAAACGCCUUCUGCCUCCUCUUCUUUUUAGACGAGACCCUCCGCUCUUUGGCCAGCCCUUCCUCCCUGCAGGGCCCCGAGCUCCACGGCUGGCGCCCCCCGGUGGACUGUGUCCGGGCCAAUGAGCUGUGUGCGGCCGAAUCCAACUGCAGCUCCCGCUACCGCACGCUGCGGCAGUGCCUGGCAGGCCGCGAUCGCAACACCAUGCUGGCCAACAAGGAGUGCCAGGCGGCCCUGGAGGUCCUGCAGGAGAGCCCGCUUUAUGACUGCCGCUGCAAGCGGGGCAUGAAGAAGGAGCUGCAGUGUUUGCAGAUCUACUGGAGCAUCCACCUGGGGCUGACCGAGGGGGAGGAGUUUUACGAAGCCUCACCGUACGAGCCGGUGACCUCCCGCCUCUCGGACAUCUUCAGGCUUGCUUCAAUCUUCUCAGGGACAGGGGCGGAGCCGGUGGUCAGCGCCAAGAGCAACCACUGCCUGGAUGCUGCCAAGGCCUGCAACCUGAAUGACAACUGCAAGAAGCUGCGCUCCUCUUACAUCUCCAUCUGCAACCGCGAGAUCUCACCCACCGAGCGCUGCAACCGCCGCAAGUGCCACAAGGCUCUGCGCCAGUUCUUCGACCGCGUGCCCAGCGAGUACACCUACCGCAUGCUCUUCUGCUCUUGCCAAGACCAGGCAUGCGCUGAGCGCCGCCGGCAGACCAUCCUGCCCAGCUGCUCCUAUGAGGACAAGGAGAAGUCCAACUGCCUGGACCUUCGCAGUGUGUGCCGUACAGAUCACCUGUGCCGGUCCCGGCUGGCAGACUUCCACGCCAAUUGUCGAGCUUCCUACCAGACGCUUACCAGCUGCCCUGCGGACAAUUACCAGGCGUGCCUGGGCUCCUAUGCCGGCAUGAUUGGGUUUGAUAUGACACCUAACUACGUGGACUCCAGCCCCACUGGCAUUGUGGUGUCCCCCUGGUGUAGCUGUCGUGGCAGUGGGAACAUGGAGGAAGAGUGUGAGAAGUUCCUCAGGGACUUCACUGAGAACCCAUGCCUCCGGAAUGCCAUCCAGGCCUUUGGCAAUGGCACAGAUGUGAACGUGUCCCCUAAAGGCCCCUCAUUCCAGGCCACCCAGGCCCCACGGGUGGAGAAGAAUCCUUCUUUGCCAGAUGACCUCAGUGAUAGCACCAGUCUGGGGACCAGUGUCAUGGCCACCUGCACGUCUGUCCAGGAGCAGGGGCUGAAGGCCAACAACUCCAAAGAGUUAAGCAUGUGCUUCACAGAGCUCACAACAAAUAUCAUCCCAGGGAGUAACAAGGUGAUCAAACCUAACUCAGGCCCCAGCAGAGCCAGACCCUCGGCUGCCUUGACUGCUCUCUCCCUACUGAUGCUGAAACUGGCCUCAUAG